ACAGCGCGCCUCACCAGCCCUGACGUCGUUCUUUAUAUAAGGGAAGGAAACGUCUGGGACUUCUUGUUGUUGUUGUUGUGUCGCUUUGUUGCGUCGAGUCAUCCAGUUGCUGAAACAUGAUGUGGAAGGCUGUCUUUCCCGUUCUUGCGGCGGUGCUCGCCGUCGGGUUGGGGGCGUUGGUUGGGGGCUUUAGAGACGCGGACGUGAACGACGAAGGGGUUCAAAAUGCCCUCAACUUCGCCGUCGUCGAGCACAACAAGGGCAGCAACGACAUGUACCUCAGCCAGGUGGCACAGGUAGUGAAGGUUCAGACACAGGUGGUUGCUGGCACCAAGUAUGUCAUUACUGUGAAAAUGGGGAAGACUCCCUGCAGAAAGGACCAAGCUGAGGAAGUGUGCACCGUCCACCAAGACCCAGAAAUGGCCCGGCCUUACCAGUGCACAUUUACAGUGUGGAGCCGCCCAUGGCUAAGUGACAUCAGAGUGAUAAGUGAGAAAUGCUAGAGAGCGAGCUACGUGGGAACCCUUCGGUGUUUGCCUUGUUUGCAGAAGAACCUUCAUACAGCAUAGUACAUCAUUUACCUGUAGAUGAUGCGCAAAAGUAUUAACAUUUUCAUUUUAUUCCUGUGAUUCUUCACUAUAUGAUAAACUGAAUAAGCUUUGUUUAAUACCCAAUGUAUUAUAGCCAUGUAGCGUUCAAUUAACUUUUAGAGGAGCUACUUUCUAAUGUACACAUUAUUUACUAAACCAAGCAAAUAACAACACUUGUGUACUGGACUGUUGAUUCGCUUAUUAACAACCACACGCUUUGGUUCAAAUAAAAUUUAAAGUUGCAUGUGAAGUUUAA